AUGUGUGCCGACCAGCUCGCCGCUCCCGAGGCCAGCAGCCCCGGCUGCGCUCACCCCACCGCGGCGGCCGUCGCGGUCAUCGCCGGCAAGGGCAAAUCCGGCGGCUACACCCGCAUCAACAAGCCGGCGGCGUCCUACACGGCCCUCAUCGCCACCGCCAUCCAGGACUCGCCGCAGAAGAAGCUGACGCUGUUGGAGAUCAUCGGGCGGCUGCAGCAGCAGUACGAGUGCUUCAACGGCGCCUACAAGGGCUGGAAGAACAGCGUCCGCCACACGCUGAGCGUCAACAAGUGCUUCGUCAAGGCGACGCGCCGGCGGCAAGCGGAGGGCGCGGCCGACGAGAGCGGCAGCCCGGACAGCGCCAAGUCGGCGUCCUCGCCCCGGCACCCCGACGGCAGAGAGGCGAGCGGGAGCCGCGACUCGCCGCCGCCGCCGCCCCCGCCGGCGAGCGGCAGCCCCGGGCAGUCGAGCACGAAGUUCAGCGGGCCCUUCUCCAUCGAGAGCCUGCUGCUGCCCUCGAAGGGCGAGUCGCAGGCGGCCGUGGCGAGGGCGAGACGGGCGUUCGCGUUCGCCGGCGCGGAGGCGCGCUGGGACGUGGCGGCGUUCGGGCUGCUUGCCCACGAACGGGCUCGCCUGGCGCUGGCGGACACGCUUGCGCUGCUGCCCCUGCAGCAGCAGCAGCAACAGCAGCAGCGCGGCGCGUGCGGCUGCCCGUGGCCGGCAGCCAGCGAGCUGAUCUGUGGCUGCCAGGUAACCUAUCCUGGCACGAGAGCGGAGGGCGCGGCGUACGGAUUCGCGUCGGCGGCGGCGUACAUCGGCAUGCCGCUGGCGUUCGGCAGCAGCAGCAGCAGCGGGAACUUCUCGCAGCCCGUGUGCUAG